CCGCACAAUUAACUCAACCGCAAUCGCAAUCACAACAACAAUUUCCUGUAGUAGGAACUGGAUUACUAUUAUAUUCUAAACUCAGAAAGAAAGCUAAAUUUGCAAAAGUAAAUACCCUGAAUCAAUUAGGACAAUCAGGAUCUGAAGACGGAUAUUCUACUUGGAAUUAA